AAAGGGGAGGAAAACGAAGAGACGUGGAUUGUAGAGACUUGCCAAGAGAGAAGAUUCCUGCAGUCGAAAACAGGACCACAUUUUGGAUUCCGUGUACGCAACGAGCUUCUUCUACCAGGAGAAGAAACAACCCCUAUGAUCUAUAGUCCUUUAAGGAAAAGGAAAUCAAUAUAGAUCUUAAUUUAAAUACGAACUUUAAUUAAAAUGGCUGUUCGCAGCAACUCCUUAACGCCAUUCUCCAUCCAGGCUAUUUUAAAUAAAAGAGAAUAUAACGGGCAUUCGAACGAUUUGGACGUACCAUGUUUUCCUAAGUCACCCUGUUGGAAAGUAUUUGGGGUUAUGGACACCAGAGUAUCUGAAGGGUUUUCUUCCCCGUCUAAAAGCGAAGGAGAGGCGGGCAUGGUGAGCGACCAGAAGAGCUAUGAUUCAGAUUCGGGUCUCAGUGAAGAGAAUGACAGUACGACCCGUCCUGUCUGUAAAUCAGAGAAAGAUAACUCAGAACUUUCAACCUCAGCAUUACUGGAAAACAGUUUCCAUGAUGAAACGGAUAACGAAUCCACAGCAAUGGAGAGUGCUCAAAUUAUUAGUGACUAUGAGAUGGCAGCAAAUGUGUCUGAUCCCAGCCACCCCGAAGAUGAUGAUGCAUGUGAUAAAAGCCUGGAUCAGCCUAAACAGAGGAAGAAGAGAUCAAGAGCCGCUUUCUCCCACGCACAGGUAUUCGAGUUGGAGCGGCGAUUCAACCACCAGAGGUACUUAUCCGGACCCGAGAGAGCCGACCUGGCGGCCUCCCUAAAGCUGACCGAAACUCAAGUUAAAAUCUGGUUCCAGAACCGCAGAUACAAAACCAAACGUCGCCAGAUGGCUGCUGACUUAAUCGCUUCAGCCCCAGCAGCCAAGAAAGUAGCGGUGAAAGUUUUAGUUCGGGAUGAUCAGAGACAGUACAACCCAGAAGAACUAAUAAGACCGCCGCUCCUGUCCCUCCAUCCUGCCUACUACUAUCCUUAUGCAUACUGCCUCCCUGCAUGGACACUGUCUGCGUGCGCUGGGAAUCAGUGAAACUAUAUUCAUAAGAAACAAAAAACCUCUGACACCAAACUGAAACUCAACAGUAUUUAUUAUUAAUAUUUUGUUUGCUUCAAAUAAAGACACUUAUUUUAUUGUAAUUUUUUUAAAGCUAAAACUGCCCAGUGCAGAAUGUUCCAUGGUAUCCAUGUGUUGACUCUUUAUAGCAUUAUGGAUUAUACUAUGCUGAAAGUACUAAGGACUUCCUUUCCAUUCACAUCGAUUAAAUGAGAAUCGCAGAGUUGGACUUUAUUGAUUUCCAAAAAGCGUGCCUCUUUUUGCUGAAUGUAUGGACUGUUUAGAAUUUGCAGGUUUUACUUAAAAUAUUUAUCUGUGUUCCUUAUAUUCCUGUUUUACUAAUUCUACUAAUAGUAGAGAGGACAGCGAUGACACCUUCCAAAUACCACAAACUGUUCCUGUUUUUCUUACUGAGAUUAGGGUAAGACUUUUCAGCACUUUUUCCACAUGUAGCUUAUAGAGUUUAUUUGUUUGUAUCUCAGUUCAAGCUUGCUGUAAAAUGUUUCUACUAUACCAGCAAUCUAUUUGCUUACUCCAAGUGCCUCCUGGGCCAAUAUUGCAAGAGAGUAAUGACUUUAUUAAAUAGGUUUUUAUUCCAGAAA